AUGUUUGGUUGGCGAGGUAGGGGGUCAGAAUUAUGUAAUGCCAUGUCUAUUGUGGAGCUCUUGGUGCAUAUGGAUUGUGAAGGCUGCGAAAAGAGAAUUCGAAGAGCAAUCUCCAAAAUACAUGGUGUUGAUAGCUUGGAAAUCGACAUGGACAGGCAGAAGGUGACGGUGACGGGAUACAUUGAGCAGAGGAAGGUGCUGAAGGUGGUGAGAAGAACAGGGAGAAAGGCAGAGUAUUGGCCAUUCCCAUACGACAGCGAAUACUAUCCGUACGCAUCCCAGUACUUGGACGAAUCCAACCACGCUUCUUCCUAUAAUUACUUCCGCCAUGGCUUUAACGAAAAUAUACAUGGAUACUUUCCCGACCAAGUUUACUCCACCGUCUCCGAUCAGACUGUUCAUCUUUUCAGUGAUGAUAAUGUUCAUGCAUAUUGCACAAUUAUGUGA